UGUAAAUGGUACGAUUGCUGGUCCACUAAAGUUGUAGGUAGCAUUCGCUGUAAUAUUGUAACAAAAGGCAGUAGUGCUUGAGUGCAAAAUGAAGGCUUUCAUUUUUCUGUUAUCUAUAUCGUCGAUAUUCGCAUACGAAUCUCCUGUCUACAGACAGGGCGAUUGGAAUAAUCGUGACAAAAGUGCAGAGCCACAAAGCGAUCAGUUCUAUGAAGGAUUCUUUGAAACCCGUGUUGACCACUUCAAGCCACUGAACCAAACGUUGACUCGUUUCCGCUACAAUGUGAAUGCAAAUUUCUUUGUAACCGGUGGUCCUCUUUACAUUUACAUUAAAGACUUCCGUGAUAAUACAACAAGGGUUAUCGAAGAAGGUUUAGUGGUUGAUGUAUCGAAGGACACGCGUGCAGCUGUAAUGACUUUCGAUAUGAGAUUCUUCGGUCAAAAUCGUCCGACAAGCGAUGCAUCGUUUGAGAAUUUGGAACUUCUAACCAUUGAACAAACGUUAGCUGACAUUGCAAUGUUCAUAAGAUUUAUCCGAGAAUAUGUUGGCUACGACGACUAUUCGACGGUAAUUUUAUUCGGAUCAGGAUAUGGCGGUUCAUUGGCCAUAUGGGCCAAAAAACGGUAUCCAACUCUAGUUACUGCAGGGUAUGCCUCAAGUGGCAUCGUAUCACUGGCAUUGUACAGUUUCACACCAUUUGACCUCCUUGAGUAUGCGUUGAUGCCAAAUUUAGAAGACACAGACUGCAGAGACCGCCUUGAACAGGCAUACGAAAGUCUGCAAGAAUUAAUGGACGAUGGCGAGAGCGACAUUAUUGCCAAUCGAUUUAAUCUCUGUGAGCCACUGGAUACUAAUGAUCCGGACGACGUUGCAUCUUUAUAUGAACUUUCGGUGCGAUCGUUAAUGAAUUACAUGGACACGUAUCAUAUCACCGGAGUCAGAAACUUCUGUCUCAAUAUGAGAGCCAUUUUGGCCGAUCCUCUUCAUUCAUUUGCUCGAUGGAUUGUCCAUGAAUACGGAGAUGGUUCGUGUUUCGAUCACAGAUUCUCUGCAUUAGUUGAACGUGCAAACGAUAUUGAAUGGGAUACUUACAGUACUAGUACCGGACAAAGACAACAAUACUACUUGCAAUGUACGCAGCUCGGAGGAUUUCCGGUUGCCGAUCGGUUCACUUGGAUCCCGCAGAAUGUCUCACUGGAAUACCAUUUGAGAAAGUGCAAUGAAAUCUUCGGACGAGAAUUCGACGAAAAUACCCUUCGCUCAGCGGUGGGAACUCUAAUGCUCGAGUUCCAAGAAUCAAUUGAAGACACCCUUUACACGAACGGCCUAAUUGACCCGUGGAGAUUUUUCGGACGUCUUUUUGAAGAGAAAGGCACAUCCAUUAACAUUGAAUAUCAUUCGAAAUCGGCCGAUUUGGCUUCAUUGCAUUUGAACGACCCGUACCCGCUGUACGAAGCUAAGCGACAGGUCGAUAGUGUGAUAAGGGAAUGGUCGGUUCGUCCUACUCCACCGCCAGAAAAUUGAGAUGCUUAAAUUUUGAAAAGUCAAAAUAAAUUUCUCAGAUUUUUGCGGA